AACGGUUAACAGAAAGCACCAUGUUUAGAGCGUUUGUUAUUAUAGCAUCCCACUAUCAUUUCAAGUUAAGACAAUAACAGGAGUUCGUCUAAUUCGAAAAUGUGCCAAUACGUCUACAAGAUGGACAGGGUUGGCUCUGACUGUCCCCCAAAUAACACAUUUUGUUUCUUAUAGGCAUCUAUACUUUCUAUUUGUCAAAUCAUCCGCGUGCACAUGAUUUGAAGGGGCGAGGCUUGAGAGCGUAAGCAAGCUGAAUCGAGAGCGUAAGCAAGCUGAAUCAAGAUGGCGAGCUUCAUUGAACGGAUGUGCUUAUAUCGUGUGCUCGUGCUGUCUGUUUUCCUGAGCAUCACUCAAGCUGUGGAUCGCAGCAACUUCAAAACAUGUGACCAGAGUGCCUUCUGCAGUCGUCAAAGGGCGAUGAAGCCAGGCCAGUCAUCAUACACAGCCUUACUGGAGACCCUGGAACUCAGUGACUCCCACCUCACAGUGCAGCUCCUGAAUAACAAUAAUAAGGUGCUCUUGCUGCUCGAGUUGUAUCGCCUUCAGGGGAACAUGACCAGAGUGAAGAUCAAUGAGCUGAAGCCCAUCAAGCCUCGAUAUGAGGUGCCUGAUGUUCUCAUCACUGACCCUCCCACUGAACUUAUGUCAGUGUUGGCCCAGGAUGAGCACAGGGUGGUGUUGUCUCUGGGUGGGGAGGACUGGAGGCUCAUCCUCAGUGCCCAGCCCUUCCGCCUGGACAUCAUGGAGGGCCCACAGGUGCUGCUGUCCCUCAACUCCCGGGGCCUGCUAGCCUUCGAGCAGCUCCGCAUACGCAAGGACACUAUUUCCCACAAAAUAAGUAGCACAGUCGGUAGCAUGUGGGAUAAGAUCAAGAGCGUUUUCUCUAGCAAAAGCCAAACAGACACAGAGGAAGCUGGGGAGAAAGAGGACACAGAGAAGCAUGACAAGGAAAAGGUGUCAGAAGGAGAGGAGGAGGAGGCAGAAGAAGAGGUGGAUCAGCCAGGAAUGUGGGAGGAGACGUUCAAGACCCAUGCUGACACCAAGCCUAAUGGUCCCUCCUCCAUCAGUCUGGACUUCUCCCUGCCUGGAGUAGAACACGUCUACGGCAUCCCUGAACACGCAGACGGCCUCAAACUGAAAAACACAGAUGGAGGAGACCCCUACAGGCUUUAUAACCUGGAUGUGUUCCAGUAUGAGCUCUUUAACCCUAUGGCUCUGUAUGGAGCAGUGCCUGUCCUCCUCUCACACAACACCCACAGGACUAUGGGUCUCUUCUGGCUUAACGCAGCAGAGACAUGGGUGGAUGUCAGCUCUGGACAGGGCUCCAGUGAGGUCCCUCAGACAGACGUCCGAUGGAUCUCUGAGAGUGGCAUCAUUGACGUCUUCAUCAUGCUGGGACCGCGACCUAAUGAUGUGUUCACACAGUACUCUUCCUUAACAGGAACUCAGGCCUUCCCCCCUCUCUCUUCGCUGGCCUACCACCAGUGCCGUUGGAACUACAACGACCAGGAAGAUGUGAGUGCGGUGGACCAGGGCUUUGAUGAACACGACAUCCCCUAUGACUUCAUCUGGCUGGAUAUUGAGCACACGGACGGCAAGCGCUACUUCACCUGGGACAACAACAAGUUCCCACAGCCCAAAGACAUGCUGCAGGGCCUCCUGGAUAAGAGACGCAAGAUGGUGACCAUAGUGGACCCUCACAUUAAGGUGGACAGCAGCUAUAAGAUCCACACUGAGAUUCGCUCUCGAGGCUACUACAUAAAAAACAAAGAUGGCGGAGACUAUGAGGGCUGGUGCUGGCCAGGGAAUGCAGGUUACCCAGAUUUUACCAACCCUGAGAUGAGGAAGUGGUGGGCCAGCAUGUUUGCCUAUGACCAGUAUGAGGGCUCGAUGGAGAACCUGUACACGUGGAACGACAUGAACGAGCCGUCUGUGUUCAACGGUCCAGAGGUCACCAUGCACAAGGAUGCCCUCCAUGGGCCCUGGGAGCACAGAGACAUCCACAACCUAUACGGCUUCUAUGUGCAAAUGGCGACAGCAGAGGGUCAGAUCCAGCGCUCCGGGGGGUUGGAGAGGCCUUUUGUCCUGACCAGGGCCUUUUUCGCUGGGUCUCAGCGCUAUGGUGCAGUUUGGACUGGUGAUAAUGCAGCUGAGUGGGGCCACCUGAAGAUGUCCAUCCCCAUGUGUCUCAGCCUGGGCCUGGUUGGCAUCUCCUUCUGUGGAGCUGACGUGGGGGGUUUCUUUAAGACUCCCAGUGCGGAGCUGCUGGUGCGUUGGUACCAGGCGGGGGCCUACCAGCCCUUCUUCCGUGCCCACGCCCACCUGGACACCCCGCGGAGGGAGCCCUGGCUUUUUGGCCCUGACAACACAGCUCUCAUCCGGGAGGCUGUGCGUCAGCGCUACACCCUUCUGCCCUACUGGUACCUGCAGUUCUACCAUGCCCAACGCACUGGCCAGCCUGUUAUGAGGCCCCUGUGGGUGGAGUAUCCAGAGGAUAUUGCCACAUUUUCCAUUGACAAUGAGUUCCUGAUUGGCAGAGAUCUUCUGGUUCACCCUGUAACAGAUGAAAGGUCUAGUGGGGUCACAGCCUACUUACCUGGGAAUGGAGAGGUCUGGUAUGACGUCCACACGUUCCAGAGACAUGAUGGAGCUCAGAACCUCUCUAUCCCUGUCACCAUGAGCUCAAUUCCAGUGUUCCAGCGAGGAGGUUCCAUUAUCUGCCGGAAGAACCGUGUUCGCAGGUCCUCAUCCUGCAUGGAGAACGAUCCCUACACCCUCUACGUGGCCCUUGACUCACAGGGCAAUGCAGAAGGAGAGAUUUACAUAGAUGAUGGUCACACCUUUAAACAUAAGACAGACAAGCAGUUUAUUCACAGACGCCUGAGUUUCACUGCGAACAGCCUCUCAUCGAGUGAUCUGUCUCCUGACUCCCAGUUUCCCACGGCCUCCUGGGUAGAGCAGGUGAACAUCCUGGGAGCUCAAAAGCCUGAUGCUGUCACCCUCACAGCGACAGAUGGUGGGGAGUCUUCUGUGGAGUUUGAGUUUGACCCGGACACGGCAGUCUUAACUCUUCGUAAGCCAGGCGUGAACGCAGGGGUCAACUGGACAUUACAUCUGCGGUAACACAGGACACACACACAGAAGUCAAGAGAUAAAUUAAAUGUCACACACAGACUUUUGGACAAACAAGUAAACAUACAACUACAGAAAAGCACACAACCAGAUUCAAAAGUGUGGCUAGGAUUUGGAGCAGUUACCCGAACCCUGAGAAAGAAACCGCAGGAGAAAUGGAUCAGGGUUGUUGAAAGAGUAUGAAACUCAGGACCACAAAUGGUGUUAGUCAGGAGAAAUUCUGCACCACUAACAAGAGGCUGAAUCUUUGAUACUUAAUUUUAAGAAAUAUUUUUUCCAGGUUGAAAUUAUGACUGAUGAUAAUGACUCCCUAUAAGACUCUAUAUGACUAGCUAAAUAAAAUAAAGAAAUUAUGACAAUGAAUGUCCAAAUGUAA